AUGGCAGCAGUCUCCUCGCCCGAGCAAAACAUGAUCCGCAGCUACGUGACAAUCAGCCUGCUCAUCAUGAGUCUCACGAUGCGUCUCGCGCAGCUCCUCCACACCCACGCCACAGUCGGUCUCGAUGUGCCGCUUGUGCUACUUCCCGCAUUGUCCUUGCUCGUUGCAUGGAUCGGAUCCUUGAUAGUCUUCGGUGGUGGCAAUCUAGCUCCGCUCUCCAGCCCGACCAGAAGUCGAUCGCUUAUUCUUGCGCUCGCGGCGGCGGACCUCGCGCUGGCCUACUUGAACGCCCGACAGCCUAAUGCGUCGGCGCUGGCCUAUAUCUCCUGUCUUGUGUCGUUGUUUCAGUUGGGGCUGGACUUGGGACUGUUCAUUUGGAUGAAGGACUGA